GGAGGUGAUGGGCUGGCCUAGCGUCCGCCAUCUGCGUGCGACAACAAUGACCUUUGUUCAUUAUUAUUCCAGCACUCUUUUCCCUCUUUGUCUUGAGAUCGCUUACACUUCUCUGCAUCUCAUGGCAGGUGUGCUACAGCAUUCCAGCAACCCUCAAGAUUCAUAUCCUAGCCUUGUUGAGCCUUGUUGAAGCUUGAUACCCCGAAUCUGGCACUAACGCGACCAUGACGAUUGGCGCAGAUCGUGACGAUUCGGAUGUUAGUUCAAUCUUUUCGGCCAGAUCGACUACGACUGCGCCGACAGAAUGGAGUGGCAGGGAUGGGACGAACACAGAGACGGACAGCGAUAUGAUGUCUCUUAUGAGCAGCAUGUACGACUCGACCCACUCAAUAUCGUCCAGUGUGUUAAAUUAUCACUUUGAGAAUGGCCGUCGAUAUCAUGCAUACCACGAGGGUAAAUAUAUUAUGCCCAACGAUGUUCAAGAGCAGAAUAAGCUUAUGCUAGUCCAUCUGUGCUACGAACUUGUUUUCGACGGACGACUUCAUUUAGCACCCAUAAACAACCCGCAAAACGCCCUUGAUAUUGGCACGGGCCGAGGGGACUGGGCUAUUGAUUUCGCCGAGAGAUAUCCCUCCACGCAAGUCAUCGGAAUCGACCUAAGUCCGAUCCAGCCGCUUUGGGUCCCGCCCAACCUCACAUUCGAGAUCGACGACGCAGAAGACGAUUGGGUAUACAGCACGCAAUUCGACUACAUCCACACACGCACCCUCUGUGGCGGCAUUCGAGACUGGCCACAAUUUCACAAACGGGCAUUUGACAACUUACGGCCGGGCGGUUGGCUUGAAAUGCAGGAGAACGAUGCCUGGUUCCAGUGCGAGGAUGGCACAUGUCCUAAAUGGACCAAAAUUUUCCUCGAAAAGCUAGACGAGGCGAGUAUAAUGAGUGGGAACCGCUUGAACGUCGCCGCGGAUCAGAAACAACAUAUGAUCAAUGCUGGCUUCGCUAAUGUCCACGAUGACAUUUUCAAGUUGCCCUUGAGUACUUGGCAUGAUGAUCCGCGGUGGAAAGAGAUUGGCCAGAUUCGCGGUUUGGCGAUGAACCAGGGUGUCGAAGGUUACAGUCUGGCGUUGUAUACACGGUAUUUAGGAUGGACAUCUGCACAAGUGCACGACUUGCUAGCUAAAGUGCGAGGAGAAUUCAAUGAUGUCAAUAAUCGAAUGUAUAUUGCUGUUCACGUCGUAUACGGACAAAAGCUAGAAGAAAGUGUCCAAGCUUGAGCGAGUGAGAAUAACAAUGAGACCACGACUUACAUUAUUAGCGUCAUUUACUGCCCUAUACCAUCUCAUUUCAACAAUAUAUGUUCAAUCUUGCGACCGAUCUCCCGUAUUUUUUGUUAAUAGAGUACCUGCGCAUGCCUGUAUCAAUUGAACCAUCUUCAAAACGACUUUUUAUGACAAUCAAUCUCAGUUAUACCGUAAAAUAAAUAUCACUACUAAAUUACCCGAGUCAUUUUCUAUAGCCCAGAUAUCUCCAAUAUACAGAAUUGAUUCUCUUACUUCCAAGAAUAUCAAGACAGGACCCAAGUC